ACAAACUCACAAGAACUUGAGGUAGUCUUUCAGAACGAGGAGAAGAAAAAACAAAAAACAAUGGUUGCAUUACCGGUUUUGUUCCUGCUGGGGUCGCUGUUUUCCUGUGGUCCAGUGGAGGCAGAUUCUACCACAGCAGAGAUGCUGAAAGAGGCUGCAAUCCAGUAUAAGGGACCCCUGACUUGUAAGGCGUGGGACUGCAAUUGUACUUUCACUCACCAGCGUGGUUGCUGCUGUGCAGCCAACGAUUGGUACCAACUCGAAGACGACACCUUCACGAGGAUGAAAAACUUGUAUCACGACCUCAUAAAGCUGAAUAGCAAAGCAUUGAUGCUCAUUGAUGGAGCCAAGGUUGCCUUCAAGGCCACCAUAGACCCGAAUGCUACCACUCAUGGAAACUGCUUUGGGCCUUUCAAUAUUGACAUGCCAAUCCCCUACGGCAUUGUCAGCUUUAACGAUGGCUAUGGAUAUAACCCCAACUUGGGUAUCUUCACUGCCCCCUGUGCUGGCGUUUACGUCUUUUCUAUCACAAUCUAUUCAUCUGUGGACAAGGACAGCCGCCUCUACCAUGACGUGCGGCUGAUGAAGAACAAGCUGAUUUUGGUCAGUGUGUGGGAGAACAACCGAGAGGAUCACGAAGACAACGCCAGUCAGGUUGUGGUGGUGGAGAUGCAUAAGGGCGAUCAGGUCUACGUGGAGCUGAUCGCUGGGAGGAAUCUCUGCAGAUCCCUCAAGUACAACAUCUUCACUGGCUACAUACUCUACCCCUACACCGACGACAAAUUGCUCUACUACGACUACAGCGAUUAAAUCGAUUUGUCCUCGUACAGCUGACAUCCAAAAACCUGUGGUCUUUGUCUAUGCUGACCCAACAGAUGUAGGUUUGUGAUCUAUUGUGGGUCUAGUUUAUGAACCUCUGCAGUAGAUAGAAGCAAAAUGAGAUGCAUGUCACACACACACACACAGCACAAAAACAGCAUGUUGCAUUGUUCGGGAACAUCUAUAUUAUUAAAAAAUAUACAUGUUUGUGAAUGAAUUACCACAGCUACCAUGAAAAUCCAUGUGAAGAAGUGUGAGAUGGUUUUGAUUUGGAAGCAAUAAAAGUUUAUUUGACA